AUGGCGUCUCAGCGGCUGGCGCUGAACCUUCAGCGGUCCCUUCGAAGCAGAAAAGCUCUCAGUGCUAUCCAGUCCCCCCUCCGCCGCUACGCCAACCCUGUCACUCCCUCCAGAACUGAAAGCACCACUCUCUCGAACGGUCUCACGAUUGCGACCGAACAUUCGCCAUGGGCUCAGACCUCAACCGUCGGGGUUUGGAUUGAUGCCGGGAGUAGAGCAGAAACAGACAAGACCAACGGAACUGCACAUUUCUUAGAACAUCUCGCUUUCAAGCGUGAAAACACUGUUUACUAUGCCAAAUCUUUCAACUCCGAUGUUCCCAAGACCGUCGACAUCCUUUCCGACAUUCUGCAAAACUCUAAACUCGAGCCGGCAGCUAUUGAGCGCGAAAGAGAUGUGAUUCUCCGGGAGCAAGAAGAAGUCGACAAGCAAUUGGAAGAAGUGGUCUUUGAUCACCUGCAUGCAACGGCCUAUAUGCAUCAGCCUCUCGGCCGCACCAUCCUCGGACCCAAAGAGAACAUCGAGACGAUUUCUCGCCAGGAUCUGGUUGAUUAUAUUACCACCAACUAUACUGCUGACCGCAUGGUCCUCGUCGGCGCAGGUGGUAUUCCCCACGAGGAAUUGGUCAAGCUCGCCGAGAAACAUUUCGGACACCUGAGAUCCGCACCGCCGACAUCUUAUGCCGCUGAAGUUGCCGCCGAGCAGAAGCGUAAACCCCAGUUCAUUGGUUCUGAGGUCAGGAUAAGAGACGACACGAUCCCCACCGCGCACAUCGCCAUCGCCGUGGAAGGUGUCUCUUGGAAAGACGACGAGUACUUCCCCGCUCUCGUUACACAGGCCAUUGUCGGAAAUUGGGACCGGACGAUGGGCAAUUCUCCCUACCUUGGCUCAAGACUCAGCACCUUUGUGAAUGCAAAUAAUUUGGCCAACAGCUUCAUGAGCUUCUCCACGAGCUACAGCGAUACUGGAUUAUGGGGAAUUUACCUCGUUUCCGAGAACAAGACCCAAAUCGACGACCUCGUUCACUUCACACUGCGCGAAUGGUCCCGCCUCUCGUUCAAUGUCUCUGAAGCAGAAACCGAGCGCGCCAAAGCCCAACUCAAGGCCUCGAUCCUCUUGAGUCUUGACGGCACGACGGCCGUUGCCGAGGACAUAGGACGACAGAUUGUCACGACCGGCAGAAGAAUGGAUCCGGCCGAGAUCGAGCGGGUGAUCGGCCAAAUCACGGCAAAGGAUGUGAUGCGGUUCUGCCAGAAGAAGCUUUGGGAUCAGGACAUCGCGGUGAGUGCGGUUGGCAGCAUCGAAGGCUUGUUGGAUUAUAACAGGAUCCGGAACGAUAUGGCACGGAACUUGGCAUAA